CUAUAUAGCACACUAACUUCCACUUCUCUGAAACACUCACACACACACACCAUUAUCUCAUCACAACUACUACUACUAUAGGUACUUACUACUUUGCCUAGCUCCUCUUUCUCUCUCUUCCCUUUUGCACUGAACUUCACUCUCUCUUCUAUAUCAAGGGUUGAUCACAUAACCUCAAUAUAUUUCUAAUAAUAAUUGAUAUAGUUUGAGUUAUUGUUUCGAGACACACAGAAAAAGAGAGAGAGAGAGAAUGGGUAGAGGGAGAGUUGAGUUGAAGAGGAUAGAGAACAAAAUCAACCGCCAAGUAACUUUCUCAAAAAGAAGGAACGGUUUGCUCAAGAAAGCUUAUGAACUCUCAGUUCUCUGUGAUGCUGAGGUUGCCCUCAUCAUUUUCUCAAGCCGUGGAAAGCUCUAUGAAUUUGGAAGUGUUGGGACUACCAAUACUAUUGAGCGAUACCAACGUAGCUCUUUUACUCCUCAAGACGAACACGUUGAAUGUGAAACUCAGAGCUGGUACCAAGAAGUUUCAAAGCUAAAGGCAAAGUAUGAGUCUCUUCAAAGGACCCAGAGGCAUUUGCUUGGGGAAGAUCUUGGACCAUUGAACAUAAAGGAGCUGCAGAAUAUUGAGAAACAGCUUGAAGGGGCUUUAGCACAAGCAAGACAAAGGAAGACACAAAUCAUGAUUGAACAAAUGGAAGAGCUUCGCAGAAGGGAGCGCCAUCUUGGAGACAUGAAUAAGCAACUUAGACUCAAGCUUGAAGCAGAGGGAUUUAAUCUUAAAGCUACGGAAAGCUUGUUGAGCUUUACUUCAGCUGCUGGAAACAGUGGCUUUCACUUUCAGCAGCCUCCUCAAACCAAUCCUAUUGAUUACCAGCAGCCAGAACCCUUUUUGCAAAUAGGGUACCAUCAAUAUGUUCAAUCUGAGGCAUCUAAUGUUCCAAAGAGCAUGGCUUGUGAGACUAACUUCAUGCAGGGAUGGAUCCUUUGAUCAAUCUUAUUAAUUGAAUUAAGUAUAUGAUGAUUUACCUUAUUGUCUAUAUCCUUUUUAGAUUUUUUGUGUUUUGGCUGUUGUUAAAUGUACCUUUGUCACCAGAAAAGUUGCAAACUUGUUUAGCUCUUUCUGUAAUUGGAUACAAGUACAGACAAUGGUUUUACUAUAUGUUAAAGCAAUGCUAUUGUUUUUAACUUUGAUGCUUUGAACCUA